UGGCUGUCUCCGCCAGGCCGCGACCAAUCCGGAGAGCACGCGCCCUUCCGCUAGGGAGGACGCUGGGCAGCCGCGGGCCUCCGGGCGGAGCCGCGGGCAGAGCCGGGAGCCCGGCGAGAGGGACAGCUCCACUCCCCGCCGCCCAGUGCCGCCCGCCGGAGGCUGUCCUGCCAAGCCAUGCCUCCGUGGGCGGCCGUCCUCGCGCUGCUGCUCGCGGCGCUCGCUCUGCUCCUCCUGCGCCCCUGGAAGCGCACCGUCGGAGCACGGACCUCGGUCCGGGACCAGGAGGAGCAGGAGGUGGUGAGCAGAGGCCCCACGGCUCAGUUCAGCGACCGGCGCGAACCGCUCCCCGGGGGCUGCAGCCUGAUUUGCAAGCCCUCGGCUCUGGCCCAGUGCCUACUGCGCGCUCUGCGACGCUCGGCGGCGCUGGAACCCACCCCAAGCUCCUGGCUGUCGGGGCCCCACCUGCAGACCUUCUGCCACUUCAUCCUGCCCGUCGGGCCAGGUCCUGAGCUAGCCCGUGAGUACCUGCAACUGGCAGAUGAUGGGUUGGUGGCCCUGGACUGGGUCAUAGGACCUUGUGCCAGGGGCCGCCGGGUCACUAAUACUGGAGGCCUCCCUCCUGUGCUGCUGGUAAUCCCCAAUGCGUGGGGACGCCUCACUCGCAAUGUGCUGGGGCUCUGCCUACUCGCCCUGGAACGCGGCUACUACCCGGUCAUCUUCCAUCGCCGCGGCCACCACGGCUGCCCGCUGGUUAGCCCCCGUCUACAGCCUUUCGGGGAUCCGUCCGACCUCAAGGAGGCGGUGACUUACAUUCGCUUCCGACACCCGGCGGCCCCCCUAUUCGCGGUGAGCGAGGGCUCGGGGUCCGCGCUCUUGCUGUCCUACUUGGGGGAGUGCGGCUCCUCCAGCUAUGUGACUGGCGCCGCCUGCAUCUCGCCGGUGCUACGCUGUCGCGAGUGGUUCGAAGCUGGCUUGCCUUGGCCCUAUGAGCGUGGGUUCCUGCUGCACCAGAAGAUCACUCUCAGCAGGUAUGCCUCAGCCCUGGAGGACACAGUAGACACCAGCAAAUUGUUCAGAAGCAGCUCCCUGCGAGAGUUUGAGGAAACCCUGUUCUGCCACACCAAGAGUUUCCCCAUCAGCUGGGAUACCUACUGGGACCUGAAUGACCCACUCCGGGAUGUGGAUGAGGCUGCUGUCCCUGUCCUGUGUAUCUGCAGUGCUGAUGAUCCGGUGUGUGGACCCCCAGACCACACUCUGCCCGCGGAACUCUUCCAAAGCAACCCUUACUUUUUCCUGCUGCUCAGUAGCCAUGGAGGCCACUGUGGCUUCCUGCGCCCUGAGCCCUUGCCAGCAUGGAGCCACGAGGUUAUCUUGGAGUCCUUUAAGGCCCUGACUGAAUUCUUCCGAAUGGAAGAGAGGAUGAAAGGACUGAGCAGGCGCAGGACUUCAUUUUUGGGGGGCCGGCGUCGUUGGGGAGGCCUGCAGAAGCGAGAGGUCUCCCCUUCUUCCAAUCUGGAGGAGAUCUUUAACUGGAAGCGGUCUUACACCAGGUGAAGCUUGCCUGGGGAGGCUCCUGCACCUUUGAGAAAAUUCCCAACAAGGGACCCCAGCAGCUGGAAGACUGAGGACUGAGCGGGGAGCUCUGCUCCCUUCUCCCUUCAAACUGGAGAGAGAGAGAGAAAGAGAGAGAACUUGCAGCUCUGACAACCAACAUUCUUGCUCACCCUGCUCAGCCUACUGUCUCCUGUCAUCAAAGUCACAAGCCAAGUAACAGCAUGGGCUAAGAGGACUGGGGAAAAAAUGCUAACUGUCCUUGAAGUGACUCUAGGGAAGAUGAGCUUAUAAGAGUCAAUGGGUGGUUCUGUCCCACAUAAAUAAUCAGAUUGGUGACUCUGAGUCUCGAGCUGGAGCCUCUUGGUACAGAAAGGACAGGAUGUUUGUGUCUCAGUCCAGCUCCCUCGUGUUCUGCGGUUGUGGUUCCGCUCCGACUUCUGCACGAGCAGCUGAGGAAGCAGGCGGUCAGAGUUGCCUAGCUCUCCCCAGUCUGAGAAGGCAGCAGAAGCAGGACAUGCUGGGCUGAGGCCAGCUUGGUAAAUGCUGGCGAGGGUAGAAUGUGAGUCUGUCCCUGGACGCCUCUUCUGGUGGCUGCAAACUAAGACGGGCCUCUAGGCCACACCCUCCAGCCAGGUCUGAACCGGCUCCCAAGAGUAUUUUAGAAAUAGGAGAUGCUGUUGCCCAGGGUCUAAGGGCUCUGGUAGACCAUGGUUGUGGUCAUGGUUGUGGUCUAGUCAGGUUAGGCCAGAUGCACGCCCCGCCCCACCGGUUCUGAUUCAGGAGACUGCUCCAGAGAGCUGUAGCCAGAUGCGUUCUUCUUGAGAUGCAGCCUUCCUCACGUGACAAAAACAACCCUCAAGCGGGAUUUCUAAUCACUUUUCUUCUAGUACUAGCUUCUCCCUUUCCAGAGACGGCGAGGUAUCUGGGAUCAGAGGACAGAACAAUCCUAAGAGCCCGAUGAAGGCAAUCCAGCUACUUAUAAGUGUCUCGCCUUCCCAGCCUUGCUCAAUUAUUCAAAAGGCAGAAAAACUGCUUUCUGGACCCAGCUGCUCAGCUACUAAACAGGCAUUUGGGUUGAUGAGGGAUGAUGCUGAAGACCAGAGUAAAAUAAGUAAGGUACAGCGCACAGAUCAACUUACAUAUCCUGGAUUGUAGCAAACCUUUAAAAAUUAUUUUGACAGUUGGACAUCUGGAGCCAUGUGUUGUUAAGAUUCAAAAAUCUACCCUGAAAUUAUAUAUAUAUAUAUAUUUAUUUGUGGUGCUUGGACCUCACUUGCCAGGCAAACACUCUACAGCUGAACUACAUAAAUCCA